AUGCAGAGGAAUUACAAAGUGUUGGAGGCUGUGGUUGAUCGGGUUCUAGCCUUGCCUCAUACACCAGAGGUGGGCUCGAGCAAUCAGGCAUCACCAUCAGGGUCUGUGGGUAUAGCCAUGGCUUCAACUUUAGAGAGGGUAGACAUACGGGUUGGUGUCCCUUUGGCUAGGCGGAAUAUUCUUACAAAAAUGAUGUUGGCAAAGCUGCGGUAUGCGCUGGGGCAGUAUAAUCCCAACUUUUGGCUUCUUUCUCAUGGGGUUUAUAUUGCUUGGUGGUUGGCUGGGUUGGGGGAGCCGACAUUUGAGCAGUUUAUGUAUCUCUACUCGAUCUCCAAGCAGCAGGGAAGUUUUGGAUGGGUACAGGCCAAUUGCCGAAAGGUAAAGGAGAUGGGUUAUUUUAUUAGUCACAAGCCUUCUACUCAGAAGUCUUGGAGAAACAGGUUGUGCCUGACUUAUGGUGAUUGGGAGUGUCCACCAGGGAAGACCGUCUCCAAACACAUUCCUACCCACUUCCAGUUUAUAGGUUUAGUGAAGUGGGGGCCGAUCUUCAAGGAGCAAGAAGACAAGGUAGAUAGGGUGAGGUCACUGUUGUCAGAGACCGAGCGUAAGUGUAAAAACUUAGUCACCCAAAAGAAUUUGCUUGAGUCCGGCCUUUUGCAAGGGAGUAUCAUAAAGGGAAGUAUGAAGGUGGCUGUGGAUCUGGAUGAUGCCGAGAUGCAGAAACGGCUUAAGGAGUCUCGGGCGCAGAUGGCUGGGAAGGGGUUGCCAGGCAAGCGGCUGGGAAGUGUCAUAGAGAUGAUGAUGAAGCAUGGUUGCCGAUGUGCUGGGAAAGAAGAGAGCGCUGGAUGA